CUCGGAACAAUUCUUUACGUUUCGCUCCUUCUAAUUAAUGCAAUGGCAGUCCUCAGUGAGGACCGAUUCCUUGCGAAAAUCGGCUGGUCCUCUGUUCAGAACCCCAACGCCGCUGGCUUUCAGCCACCAUACGAUCAAUCAGGAUACGGAUAUACCCAGCAGCAAGAUGCUGGUGUCAAAGUCCGAUUAAUCAACCUCAUUAGUGCCGUGCGGACCCUCAUGCGU